ACUUGAAACCUUGUUUGCGCAACAAUCAGCGCCGCGGAGCCGCCAAAGUGUCUAGACUGGCAUAUGAUGGGAGGCAGCCAAUGACUCCGCGGCGCUCCUCCGGGGGCCCUCAGUGUGCGUUUGAGGAGAACAAAAAAGAGAGAGAGAGAGAGCAGAGCGGGGGAGCGAGCGAGGGAGCCGAGCCGAGAGAAAGAGCCGCCGGGCGCUGCCUCGCCAGACCUCGCAGGGACCGCGGGGCCACCAGGAGGCACUUUUUGGGGAGGGGGGAGGGGGGCGACCUCUGCAGCCGCAGCGUCCGGGGCGUCCUCGGGCUGCGACCUCUGCCUCGGUGGAUUGCAUUUUUAAUUAAGGAUUCCCAGCAGCUCUUUGGGAUUUUUACAGUUUCCACUCAUGUGUUGACACCCGCGAUCAGGAGAAAUUCGCUCCAAGUGCAUCUAGCGCCUGGGACCUGAGACGGAGUUGGCCUUCCGUGCAUGCAAUUCCAGGGAUUUUGGUUUAGUUUUGGGUUUCUUUUUCUUGCUUUCUUUUUUUUUUUUUCUUUUUGCAGAGAGUAAGAAGGAAGCCAAGUGUAUCAACAAGCCUGCCUUUCGGAUCCUGCAGGAGAAGCCCAUGUAGUGAAGCGCCUGGGUUUUAAAGGCAGGGCUUCCUAGACACAUUUGAGGGGUUCGGCGCGAGCGCUUUGUGCUCAUGGACCAGCCGCGCAACUUUUGAAGGCUCGCCGGCCCAUGCGGGGUCUCUCUGGUGGCGCGCCGCCUGCCGUCUCUCUAAAGCGCCCGGGCUGGAGUUGCUGAGCCGCCCGGCCGCCGGGGUCCAUGUAGCCGCGGGCCGGGCGCGGACUGCGGCUCAGCGUGCGCGCAUUCCCCGCCGUCCCGCCCCGGCGAUCUCCCUCAUGUUGCAGCCCUGCGGCGCCCCUUCGACGACAGGCUGUGCGUGGUCUGCACGGCGCCCGGCGGCAGAGCUUCAUGUGGGGCUGCGGCCCGUGCAGCCGGCGCCUCGCUGAGGGAACGGACCCCCGGUAACCGGAGACCGCCUCCCCCCCCACCCCCGGCGCCAAAGGAUAUCGUAUGUUCAGGUCCAAACGCGCGGGGCUCGUGCGGCGACUUUGGCGAAGUCGUGUGGUCCCCGACCGGGAGGAAGGCGGCGGCAGCGGCGGCGGCGGCGGCGGCGGCGGCGACGAGGAUGGGAGCGUGGGCAGCCGAGCUGAGCCGGCCCCGCGGGCACGAGAAGGCGGAGGCUGCGGCCGCCCCGAGGUCCGUCCGAUAGCCCUGCGGCGGCCCCGGGACGCGGUGGGACAGCGAGGCGCCCAGGGCGCGGGGAGGCGCCGGCGCGCAGGGGGCCCCCCGAGGCCCUUGUCGGAGCCGGGGGCCGGCGCUGGGGGCUCCCCGCUGGACGUGGCGGAGCCUGGAGGCCGGGGCUGGCUGCCCGAAAGUGACUGCGAGACGGUGACCUGCUGUCUCUUCUCCGAGCGGGACGCCGCCGGCGCGCCCCGGGACGCCGGCGACCCUCUGGCCGGGGCGGCCCUGGAGCCGGAGGGCGGCGGGCGGAGUCGCGAAGCCCGCUCGCGGCUGCUGCUGCUCGAGCAGGAACUCAAGACGGUCACGUACUCGCUGCUGAAGCGGCUCAAGGAGCGCUCGCUGGACACGCUGUUGGAGGCGGUGGAGUCCCGCGGCGGCGUGCCGGGCGGCUGCGUGCUGGUGCCGCGCGCUGACCUCCGCCUGGGCGGCCAGCCCGCGCCGCCGCAGCUGCUGCUCGGCCGCCUCUUCCGCUGGCCCGACCUGCAGCACGCCGUGGAGCUCAAGCCCCUGUGCGGCUGCCACAGCUUCGCCGCCGCCGCCGACGGCCCCACCGUGUGCUGCAAUCCCUACCACUUCAGCCGGCUCUGCGGGCCAGAAUCACCGCCACCCCCCUACUCUCGGCUGUCUCCUCGCGACGAGUACAAGCCACUGGAUCUAUCUGAUUCCACAUUGUCUUACACUGAAACGGAGGCCACCAACUCCCUCAUCACGGCUCCAGGUGAAUUCUCAGGUCCUGCUGUUGAGAGCACCCUCGUCAGCCAGUGUGGUGCCGGGCCCUGGAGGAGGAGGGGCAGAGACGCCAGCAUGUCUCCGGAUGCCACCAAGCCGAGUCACUGGUGCAGCGUGGCCUACUGGGAGCACCGGACACGUGUGGGCCGCCUCUACGCGGUGUACGACCAGGCCGUCAGCAUCUUCUACGACCUACCUCAGGGCAGCGGCUUCUGCCUGGGCCAGCUCAACCUGGAGCAGCGCAGCGAGUCGGUGCGGCGCACGCGCAGCAAGAUCGGCUUCGGCAUCCUGCUCAGCAAGGAGCCCGACGGCGUGUGGGCCUACAACCGCGGCGAGCACCCCAUCUUCGUCAACUCCCCGACGCUGGACGCGCCCGGCGGCCGCGCCCUGGUGGUCCGCAAGGUGCCCCCCGGCUACUCCAUCAAGGUGUUCGACUUCGAGCGCUCCGGCCUGCUCCAGCACGGGCCCGAGCCCGACGCCGCCGACGGCCCCUACGACCCCAACAGCGUCCGCAUCAGCUUCGCCAAGGGCUGGGGGCCCUGCUACUCCCGGCAGUUCAUCACCUCCUGCCCCUGCUGGCUCGAGAUCCUCCUGAACAACCACAGAUAGCGCCCCGCCGCCCGCCCCGCGCC